AUGCAGUGUUUAUUAUUAGUUUUCUAAUUUAAUUAAAAUUAUACAGUGAAAAAAAUAGCUGAAAAGGAAAUACUAAGCAACUUUUAUUUAUAAAGUAGAUUAAUCGAUUAAUAAAAUUCAAGUUAUUUAAAUAUGUCUUAAUCUCUACCUUCAGUUUAAAAAUCAGCCUCAAUGACUUUAAUGCCAAUCAUGGAGAUGUAUAACAUAUCAACAAGAUAACAUGCAGCUUGGGGUUUGGAUGGAUAUGAAGUUCCCAAAAAAUAUUUUGAUCAUCUCAAAGUUGUUUAGGAUAGGCAUUUUGAAGAAAUUAGUAAAUCAGGAAAGGCUACUAAAAAUAACAAAAUCAUAACAAAAAGAGGAAGCUACCUUGAAGAUGAAAUAAAAUUUAGAGGAUAAAAUCCUGGACCUUAAAAGUAUGAUGUUACCUACAAAUGGGUUUCAGACGCAGAAAUUGAAAAAGGCAAAAAACUUCCUAAAAACACAAAGAAAAAUACUUUCAUAGAACAGAUCUUUUUAGAGUAAUAGCGUAGAGGUAUACCUGGUCCUGGAAAAUAUAAUAUUUUAAAAACAGACGAACAAGUCAAAGCAGAAGCAGAAAAAAUGAACAAAAAAUUAAAAUAUGGUGAAAGAAGUAAUUACUUGCAAGAAUAUGAAUAUCUUUCAAGCACUCUUCCAGGCCCUGGAAAUUAUAAUCCAAGACCUAUAUUGCCAAAAAUCCAUAAAGAUAACAUGAGCCCUGAUAAAUGGAUUGCUUUUCACAAAGCAAAGUUAAGUAAAACUGCUAAAUCAAGUUUACCUGAUGUUGGUACUUACAAAAUGAACUAUCCAUUGGACUAUGCUACUUUUGGUAAGAUGCUAGUGAAAACUCAAGAAGAAGGAGGUAACAAAAAGAGCUCAGUAAGGUACAUGGGAACAGAAGAACGUUUUAAAGACCCUAAGAAAACAAAAUCUAAAACUAGCUAAAUAGUUCCUGGACCAGGCCAGUAUCCUUUAGUAGCUAAAUGGCAAGGUAAAGAAUAAAAGAAAGAUAGCAAAGACAAAAAUUGGAUGGAUAGUAUAACUACAGGAAUUUCAAAAUCUAUUUAUUAUAGCUGA